AUGAACCACUACCAUAUUUACGAGGCCAUCGGCCGCGGCAAAUACUCGACUGUUUACAAGGGAAGAAAGAAGAAGACGAUUGAGUACUACGCAAUUAAGAGCGUCGAUAAAUCUCACAGGAGCAAGGUUCUUCAAGAAGUUAGAAUUCUUCACACACUGGAUAACUCUAACGUGCUAAAGUUCUACUCAUGGUACGAAACAUCAGCGCAUUUAUGGUUAGUUUUGGAGUACUGUGUCGGAGGAGAUCUAAUGACUUUAUUACAACAGGAUGGUAAGCUUCCGGAAGAUUCUGUACAUGAUUUGGCUCUUGACCUUGUUAAAGCUCUUCAGUACUUGCAUUCAAGGGGAAUUAUUUACUGUGACUUAAAGCCAUCAAACAUUUUGCUUGAUGAAAAUGGACGUACAAAGCUAUGCGACUUUGGACUAGCGAGAAAACUUAGUGAUAUAUCCAUGACAUCGUCUUCCCAGUUACCACAAGCAAAACGUGGAACUCCUUGUUACAUGGCUCCAGAAUUGUUCCAAGAUGGAGGAAUUCAUUCGUAUGCCUCUGAUUUCUGGGCUCUUGGUUGUGUGUUGUAUGAGUGCUAUACCGGCAGGCCUCCAUUUGUUGACAAGGAAUUCACUCAGUUGGCAAAAUUAAUUCUUUCAGAUGCGACUCCUACUCUACCUGGAACUCCAACUCGUCCAUUUGUAAAUUUGAUAAAUUCGCUCUUGGUAAAGGACCCGUCUGAAAGGAUACAGUGGCCUGAACUUUGCAAUCAUGCUUUUUGGAAAACAAAAAUUGUGCCGCUGACAUUACCUCCUCAGCCUGCUUUCACUAACAUGAUUGAGAUGCUUUUGGAACCACGUCUUUCUGAGCGCCAUGGAGAUAGACCUCUUCGGAACAAGACCCCACCUAACACUUGUGGAAAAGAUUCAAAAGCACCAAGAAAACAAGAUGAGAAUUCUGGUUCUGAAGUAAGAGAAGGAACACCUAUCAAGGGUGGUGUAUAUAGUGGCCGUAAAGCCCAGACAAAACCUUCAAGCAGAAUACCUGAAGGAAAGCACAAAGAUGGUUCUACUAAUACGGGCGGCUUGAAUCUCCUAAGGCUUUCAAGAAUUGCUAAAUCUAACCUGCAAAGGGAAAAUGAGAAGGAGAAUUACAGAAGGCCUUUACCAAAUAGCACCAAGAAUGAUGCAGAAAUCAAAAUUGAAAACAAUGACAUGGAGCUUGAUUUUAACGAGAACACAGAAGAUGAUGGAAAUGAUGAAACCGAAGGGUCUGAAAAUGCCUCCACCAUGGAGGAUAAUUUAUCAACUCCAAAUAAGCAUGAGGGAAAACUUGAAGACACCGACAGUGUAUCAAACCAGCCAGGCACAUCAAAUGUGGUGGAGACACCUAUACAUGAUGAUUCAAAACCACAUGAACAAGAAUCAUCUUCAGAACAUGUGGAAGUGAGUCCAGCAGCAGUCACUCCUACUAGUGCUAGUCCACAAUUGAAGACUCCAAGGAACAAAGAAGUUUCUGGGCGAGCCCUCGACUUUGAUGCAACAAAAUCAUCUUCAGACCUCGCAGAUGUGCUAUGGCAUCCAUCUGAUCUCUCAGUUAGGCCAGUAAUGCCGAGCAGAAAAUUUGAGAAAGGAUCAGAUGCAAUUCCUUCCCUCCCAUUCCACACCUUUCCCCCACCAGAUUUUGCAAAAUUGCCCAAGGAUAGAUUGGAUGUUAUAUACAGUAGAAUUGCUAGUAUCAUGAAUGGGAACAUUAAUGGCGACAAGCAGAAUGUGAUUAGGUACCUUGAGAUGUUAAGCACUAAUGCUGAUGCUGCCAAUAUUUUGACCAAUGGGCCAAUAAUGCUAGUUCUCAUCAAAAUGCUGAGGCAGUCUAAGGCUUUGGCUCUGCGUGUGCAGCUAUCUUCUCUUAUAGGACUGUUGAUUCGCCAUUCAACUUUCAUUGGAGAUGAUUUGGCAAAUUCUGGAAUUUUAGGUGCUCUAACUGAUGGCCUCAGAGACAGACAGGAAAAAGUGAGAAGGUUUUCUAUGGCUGCCAUGGGUGAGUUGAUCUUUUACAUAUCUACUCUAAGCGAUCCUGCUAGGGAUAAUAAUCCUCAGGAGUCUCCAUCUAAAGACAGCCGACCCUCUUCCAGCUGGCAGGUCCCUAAUGCAUUAAUCUCUUUGAUCUCAUCCGUUUUACGGAGAGGGGAGGAUGACCUCACCCAGCUUUAUGCUUUAAGAACAAUAGAGAACAUAUCUAGUCAUGGAGGAUAUUGGGCCACCCGUUUUACUAGCCAAGACGUAAUUAGCAACCUUUGUUACAUAUUCAGGGCUCCAGGAAAACAAGAUUCCAUGAGGCUUACUGCUGGGUCAUGUUUGGUUCGUCUGGCUCGUUUCAACCCACCUAGCAUGCAGCAGGUUAUCGAGAAACUUCCGCUUAAGGACAUCACCUCAAGUCUUUUUAAGGGCAACCAACGAGAGCAGCAAAUCUGCUUGAACCUUCUAAACUUGGCUCUUCAUGCGACCCACUUGCUGACAAAUGUCGGGCGUCACCUUCUUCCAGUAAUGGAAGAUAAGAAUCUUGUUUCGAAUCUCCUGUCCCUUAUCGAGCACGGUAGUGAGGUACUCAGGGGAAAGGCUCUCCUUUUUGUGGCCUUACUAAGUAAAAAUGGGAAGCGAUGUCUCUCUCAAUUCUUUUGCAAUGCAAGAUUCUUAUCGGCAGUGGAUAGGCUUGCAAAAGAUAAAGAUAAAUAUGUGCAGCAUUGUCUGGCUGCAUUUGUUCAUGCUGUGGUGUCAACUUUACCGGGUCUUCUGGAAACUAUAACUGGAGAUAUUCAGCUACUAGCAGGAGGGAGACGUCAUGGGCAGAUUGGAGGUCACAAUAGCCGAAACUCCCCAAAAAACAGUAUUCAUUUCUUUCCUGUGGUUCUCCAUCUUGUAGGGAGCUCUUCAUUCAAGAAUUCGGUAGUGACUCCUCAGGUUCUACAGCUGGUGGCUAAUCUUCUUAAAUUGGCAGAGUUGCCUUUCCAGGGAAGGGAUGAUUUCCAGAUAACCCUUCUCCGUGUAUUGGAAUCAAUCUCAGAGGAGCCAACGGUAGUCAACAAUAAUCCCACAAUCUUCAUUCGCCAAGUCCUGCCUAGUCUAACUGCUCUUUACAAGGGAAACAAAGAUGGAGAUGCUCGAUUUUUGUGCUUGAAAAUUUUAUUCGACAUCAUGGUUCUUUUUCUGACUGAGCCCUUAGAAGAUGACCAAAGGCUGCAAGAUUUAAAAUCAGUUUCAAAUGUUAAUUUCCUCCCUCUCUACCCUUCUUUGAUCGAAGAUGAAGACCCGAUUCCCAUGUACGCUCAGAAACUGCUUGUAAUGCUCAUUGAGUCUGAUUACAUCAAAAUCUCCGACAUUCUUCACAUGAAGGCCGUCUCACAGUGCUUCGAUUUUCUACUGGGCGAUUUAUCGACUAUAAACGUGAGCAAUGUGAUGCUUUGCCUGGCUUUAGUAUCUGCCCCAGAACUGGAUACCAAAAUAAUUUCCCAGUUAAAAGUGGUGAGAAAAAUCGGAAAUCUUUUGGAAUUCGUGCACGCGAAGGAGAUGGAGGAUUUUAUCGAGCCAACACUCGGCCUGUGCAGGGCUUUCCUUUUACGUGCUUUGAGCUGCAAGGCUAAGUUUGUCUACUCAAAGCAGCCGGCCCUACUAAAUGAUGGCUCUAUGGAAAUAUCUUCUGAUCUGGGCAUAAAAGAUAUCCCUGACUUUGGCGCCAAUGUUGGUGUUUUUCUGGAACUAUGUAAAUCGAGCGAGGCUAAUGUACUGGAUUUGGCCUCCGAGUGUUUGGUUUUGCUGUUUCAAGCUGCUCCAAAAGAAGCAACAAUGAAUUUCUUCAUGAGUCUUUAUAAGGUGCCUGUGGUGCUUGAGAAUGGUCAAGGCGGUGGUGAUAUCUCGAACUUGGUGGUUGAACGAGUUCUGCAUGCAAUUGGCUUUUCUAGUCGGUAUUAUGUUUCGCACACCAUGAUUCUGUCGAUCAGUGUGUCCGAGCUGGCAAAAAUUGAUGCGGUUGUUUCGAGUCUUAGGGGCUCAAGCAUGAAAAAUAUUGCCGAGGCCUCGGUCAAGGUGGCUAUGGAAUUGAAGAGAAUACCUCGGAGCUAG